AUGGAGAUCCAGGAGUAUGCCUGUAGCGUGUUGGGUAAUCUGAUGGUGGAUAAUGACGCCACCAGAGAGUGUGGGCACGCGUGCAGUAUACACCUGGACGUUCAGAAAGCCAUGCAGGAGUUCAGUAUGGAGUGUAGUGUCAUGUACGAGGCGUGCUGGGCCUUGCAGAACUAUAUGGACGGUUGUAGUACCCAUAGCGCUCAGGAGGAGACCCACACACUCAAUACCGGUAAAAACCGGAACGUGGCUGCCUGCGGACAAGCGGAACUGCACCAAGAGAUUCAGAGCGCUAUGAGCGAGCACGCCCACGAUGCUGACCUGCAGGUAGAGGCACUGUGUGCAUUGGGGCACUACUGUCUGGAGGAUGCAAACCGGGUUAAAGCGGGACAGAGUGAUACGCAUCUAAGUAUACAACAGGCCUUGAGACACCACAUUACCGAUAGAAACGUAGUGUACAGCGCGUGUGGGGCUCUGGCCAAGUUGUGCCUGAACCUGGAGAGCACCCAUCGAGCCGGGGAAGCCAAUUUGCACCUGGAUGUACAGGUUGCUAUGCAACGGUAUAGCACACCCCGCGAUAUACAGUUCAGAGCGUGUGCGGCGCUGUGGAUGUACUGUGCUGAUGCAGAGAACCGGGAGAGGGCAUUCAGUGUCAAUGUGCACGUAGAGGUGCAGAAGGCUAUGAUACAGUUUUCCAUGGAUGUUGACCUACAGUGUCAAGCGUGUGGUGCUUUGGGUAUCUUCUGUGAGAAUUGCUAUAGCAAGUACUACCAACUGGCGACGCAUAUACUCAACAAGACCAAUCCCGCCGAGGCCGUGCCUACGAUGACUACAGAACAUCUGAUGAUAGAACUCGCGAAGUGA